GAAGUGAAAGCGCAAAGGAGCGAAGUAAGGCAGAGCUCAUUCAGUGGGAUUGUUGAGCACAGAGCUCCACGGAUUACUGUGAUAGAAAUCUGUCUGUUUGGUUUCUGGUGCUGCUCGCGCUCAUGCCCUGGACGCACUGAAGGCUUGCAUUUCAGCAGUCGAACAUCUCUGAAGCGGAUGCACGAGACUCGGAGAAGGGAGAAGAAGAGAGACUGAAACUUAUUUUCCAAUAACUCUGAGAUUGAAUACAAAGUGCCAGCAUCAUGCCUAAGCAAGUGGAGGUGAGGAUGCACGAAAGUCACCUGGAGCCCAUCGAGGCCAGGCCCAGGAACAAGUGUAUCAGCUGCUUCUCUUCUCUUUUCAAGAACCUGCUGCUCACGCUCACUGUACUCGGUGUGAUUCUGGGGGCUGUGUCUGGGAUGCUGCUUCGUUAUGCCUCUCCCAUCCACCCAGACAUUGUCAUGGUGAUUGCGUUCCCUGGAGACAUCCUGAUGAGGAUGCUGAAGAUGUUGAUCCUGCCUCUCAUCGUCUCCAGCUUAAUCACAGGUCUGGCUGGUCUAGAUGCCAAGUCUAGCGGUCGCCUGGGCACCAGGGCAAUGGUCUACUACAUGUCCACCACGGUGAUUGCUGCAGUGCUGGGAGUCAUCCUAGUGCUGGUCAUACACCCUGGAAACCCCAAGAUGAAGGAGCAGCUGGGAGAUGGCCAAAAGCACGAUGAUGUGUCCAGCCUGGAUGCCUUCUUUGACCUCAUCAGGAACCUGUUCCCUGAGAACCUGGUGCAGGCCUGCUUCCAGCAGAUCCAAACAGUCACUAAGAAGGUGGAGAAGGUGAUUGAGGAAGACAUCAAUGCCACUACCACCUUGGAGGGCCUCCUGUCCAACGCCACCAAGGAGCCUGAGUUCAUCAUCAAGAAGUCCCUCCAGUUCAAGAGUGGCAUGAACGUGUUAGGAGUGAUUGGCUUCUUCAUUGCCUUCGGCAUCUGCAUGGGGAAGAUGGGAGAGAGGGCCAAGCUCAUGCUGGAGUUCUUCAACAUCCUCAACGAGAUUGUUAUGAACCUGGUUAUCAUGAUCAUGUGGUACUCUCCCUUCGGUAUCUGCUGCCUGAUCUGUGGUAAGAUCAUCUCCAUUGAUGACCUGGAGGUGGUUGCUAGGCAGCUGGGGAUGUACAUGGUGACCGUGAUCGUGGGCUUGAUCAUCCACGGAGCCAUCUUCCUGCCUGCCAUCUACUUUGCCAUUGUCAGGAAAAACCCCUACACCUUCUUCAUGGGCAUCUUCCAGGCCUGGAUCACUGCCUUGGGGACAGCCUCCAGUGCUGGUACACUGCCUGUCACCUUCCGUUGCCUGGAGGAAAACUUGGGCAUCGAUAAGAGAGUCACCCGUUUCGUGCUCCCUGUCGGCGCCACCAUCAACAUGGACGGAACCGCCCUCUACGAGGCCGUGGCAGCCAUCUUUAUCGCCCAGAUGAACAACAUCUACCUGGAUGCUGGUCAGAUCGUCACUGUCAGUCUGACAGCUACCCUGGCCAGUGUUGGUGCGGCCAGUAUUCCCAGUGCCGGACUGGUGACUAUGCUUCUGAUCCUCACUGCAGUCGGCCUGCCAACUCAGGACAUCAGCCUGCUGGUUGCUGUUGACUGGCUCCUGGACCGGUUCCGUACCUCGGUGAAUGUGGUGGGAGACUCGUAUGGCGCGGGUAUCGUGUACCACCUGUCCAAGGCUGAGCUGGAUGAGCUGGACGCUACACAUGGCAAGUCGGGCGACAUCGAGAUGAUGAACAAGACCUCGUCCUACUAUGAUGACCUCAAGAACCACCACGAAAACAACUCCAACCAGUGCGUCCAGUAUGCCGCUCACAAUUCAGUCGUAGUAGAUGAGUGCAAGGUAACCUUGGCCACUAACGGCUCUACUGCUGCGGCAGCCGUGGCGGAGCGCACACUUGUUGAGGAGGAACCCCGGAAACGUGAAUAAAGCCAGCACACAGAUCCCCAGCUCCACAGGCUUUCCUAUCUGGUGAAAAAAUGAGUGAACGAAAAAAAAGAGUCAUGCGAACAGAACUACUAAUUGUUUUUCUUAUGUAGCUUUAUUUUGCAUUUUUAUUAGUCCCUUUACAGUGUUUCUAACCAUCUAUCUGACUGACUGAGAUGAAUAAUACUAAUUAACUUAUCAGUGAAACGAUAACAGAGGCAUGUUUUACCUGUUAGAACACUAAUGUGUGCAUCAUAGCAAACACUUGAACAACGGACAUCAAGGCUUGGGAGGGAGGGUGGGAAGAGAAAAACAA